AUGGAGGACAAUCAGACACUGGCGUUUGCAUUCGAGUUCUAUCAUCAUGUGCGAUAUCUGGGUGAUUGUCGGCUAGUCAAUGAUAGCAGGAUAUAUGAACCAAAUCCGGCCCUACCAAAACCAGUUGGUGAACUUGUUUCGGCCUUCUUUGCACUCAUCGCAUUCUGCCUCAAUGUGGCCGCUCUGGUGGUGUUUUGUGUCGAUGAGAGAGCAGCCAGAAUGAAUACGGUGAGAGAAUCGGGUUCCGGAAAACAAAAUGCAAACCAGCUGAAUCCUGCCUCCGGUGCAGAAGAACCAUCUGGAACCUUAAGACCCGCGUAUUCGCGUCGAAAGAUUUCAGUAGUGGGAACGAAAAGGAGUUCAGCCACUUUGUCUCUACUUAUUCUCUGUGUCUGUGAAUGUGUUUAUGUUUUCCACAAUUUUCUCUUCCGAUUGUUUGUGGCCACCUUCACCGAUGCAGUUUCACCCAAAUUGGACACGCUUGCUCAGAUGGAAUCGACCAAACGCAGAAUUCAAGCACUCCCAGUCAUUCAGAAUUUUAUGUUCUAUUUUGCUGAUCUGGGUUUGUUGUGUCGAAAUUGGGCAAUUUGUCUCAUCACUAUGGCCCGUGCGGAGGUUGUUAUUUGGCCGUUGGGCGCAAAACGAUGGCAACGAGUUCUCCGUGACCGUCUUUCGUUUACAAUCGCAUUUGUGGUGAUUGUGUGCAUCUCUAUGAUAUUGGGUUACAUCAAACAUGCAGACUUUAUGGGAAUGCUAUGUUUCCACCCUACCAGGAUGCAAUUUGCCCUUUGGAUGGAAACGUUUCUUCUGGAUGAAAGGCAAAGUAUCGUAUUUUCUCUGUUCUGCUAUCAUAUGAAUCAAACAUGCAUAACGUGGUGUUUGAUAUUCAUUUUCACAAUGCUAAUCGUCAGCGUUCUGAAACCUUGGAGUCGUCAGAUGGAAAGAUUUCUUAUCUCCGAACCCCCAACUCCGGGUUACAGUAAUUUGAAGAACAACCCCGGUACUGGUGUACAGGCUAGUGCCAUGCGUGGACGACAGCGAAGACAAGUCCGAGCCACGCGACUCGUGUUGAGCAUUGUCACUUUGUUCAUGUUACUCCAGUUUCCCUCGUUCAUCAGCAUAGCGUUUCACUAUGUUGGUUAUGUGGGCCUACAUACAGAAAUGUCCCGAACGAUAGAACAAGUAGGCAAUGCUUUGAAUGCGAUCUACUCUUUUGGAAAUUUCUUUGUCUUUAUUGUUGUGCUGAAACAGUUCCGUGUGAUGUUCAUCGAACUGUUCUGUUGUUGCAAGUCCAAACCCUCGUCAAUGGUUGAACAAGUCGUACGGGAAUACGGGACCUCAAGUGUGGACGAUUCCCAGAAGGACAUCAGGAAUGCAGCCGGCAACGUACGGAAACAAAUCCAGUUAGAUUGA